GUUUGACCUUAAAGAUACUAUGACCAAAUUUGAUUUUGUUGAAAUUCUGAAAGAUUGACAUGUGCUUGUCAUUUUCAGAGGAAUGUUAUGGACGAUUUGUAGUCUUUUGGUGUGAUUCCAGACAUCAUCCUUAAUUUUAUGGGUAAGACUUUCGCUCAAAUAGUCUUGUUUCAGAAUUAUUACUGUUAACUAAAUUAGUUUUCGUUGGACUUUGGGUUUACUAACAUCCCUACUGUUUUUCCAAGACAAUAGUGAUGCCGAUCAAUUCCGCCCUGAAAUUAAAACUGGAUGAACUAUUCCUAAGAUGGCUAACGGAUAGGGCUACUCAAAAGGUGCUACGGGAGAAUCUAACGCAAGUAAAGGCGGGACAAUCUGUCGAAGCAAUGCUUGCAUUACCUAGCGGAAUAGUAGUUGGGCCCAUGUCCGCAUCGUUCUACGGAUGUUUUUAUAGUCCCAGUCACUGUGAAUCUUCCUGUUUAAAUCCAGACGGCUCUUGCAACAAUGUUUCUUCAGCCUUCAGCUACGGUGGAAUAAUUACAUCUCCACGUCCAAACACUCCGCCAUACUUCCCACAGCCUCCUUUCUCGAAGUUAUGCAGUCCUCGUUCCCCUCGACGUCAAGCCUCUACACCCAGUAGUCUAUCAGUUCAGUUAGUUAAGGUAAGCUACCUCUUUGCAUGGCAUGAUCAUAUCCACGCACUAACUGUGGCGAUUCAUCCAUUUAUUCUUACAUGAUAUAUUUUACAUACUCGUGCCUUUUUCAUAAUACUGUGUCAAAUGACAAUGCAUGUUCGUUGGUGUUUCGGAUCAAGCAUUGGACUCCUAUAUUAUGUCAUACACUGGUGCAACGAUGAUGCGAGUCAGACGGUCAUGUAUUUGCAAAUUGGUAUUAGAAGUCUAAUUCCUGUGUGCUGGUACUGGUGUGAUCGGUCACCAUUUAUCGGAGUAUUAGUGUGCUAUCCAUUCUAU